AAAGAUGUUCUCCUUUUGUUUAUAUGGAACAUUACUACUUCUAUGUGUACAAAGUGUUGCAUCAUAUCGAAAAGGAAAUUCGGACUGUCUUCUAGAUUACGACGAGGGCAUAUGCAGAGCUCUAUUGAAACGUUUCUACUACGACAGUGUAAAUCAAACUUGUGAAAUAUUUUAUUACGGUGGAUGUCUUGGAAAUGGAAACAACUUUAUAAGCAAGGACGAAUGCGAGCGGAAGUGUGGGGGGCGGACUAACAGGACAGAAAAGUCAUUCGAUAAUACUGAAACAACAAUCACUACUCAGAAACCACUCAGCGUUGGUGCUAAAAUAGUCUUAGGUAUUCUGGAUAUCAAGAACAAAGUUUCCAAUUUAUUCAAGAAAAUCAAAGGUGAAAAAUAACUUAGACAUUUUUUAAAUUUAUAAAUAUUCUCAAUGAUAAUACCUCGCAUUCUCCUUUAACAUUUUCAUAAACUAUUCCAAGAAUAUUAGAUGAAUUAUGAUUCGAUAUACAAGAUAUUAACGAAAAGGAUUGUAACAGUUUUCAUAAUGAACAAUGUACAAUGUCGAAUAAUCUCCACGAAUUCAUGUCCCAGUUGAUUAUUUGUAGACUUACUUACUUACUUACUUACUUACUUACUUACUUACUUACUUACUUACUUACUUACUUACUUAUUUACGCCUGUUACCCCUCGUUGAGGAGUAUAGACCACCCAAUAGUAUUUUCCAUUCAACCCUCUCCUGAACAGUCCUUUCCAGUUCUUUCCAGUUGUUAUUCAUCAUUAUCAUAUCUACUUUAAUCUCACGACGUAAUGUGUUCUUUGGCCCUCUUUUCUUCCGCUUCCCUUCAACAGUCCAAGAAAGGGCUUACCUCGUGAUGCAGAUUAUUUGUAGAAUUCUUGAUUAAUUGUUUAUUAUUUUGACGAAAUUUGUCUUCGGAUCAUUCAGAUAUAUUCAGAUAUGACAUAAUCAAUAGUUUAAAUAUUUUUAUAGAAUAUUCAAAAAAUAAAGAAUCAUCGAGC